UGUCAGUUGUAGUUCAUCGUGUCAAAUGUCAAGCUCAUCUUUCCGACUUCUCGCUCAGAUACAGUACCGGUUUCAAGCGCGGAACAAGAAAGAGAACGAACCCAUUUGCCACUUCCACAACUUCCCGAAACUGAAGUUUUACCGCAGUGCUUGGAUUACCAACCUCUCAGGAUGAUCUCUCUCCGACAAUGCACGCGGUAUUAGCGUAGAAACUGCUCUGAAUGCCAUAACCAUGGGUCCCGUUGUUCCGACUAAGAGAAAAUACGUCGGUGACGGAGAUGAGGACACAUCGGCUUCAAAGCGGUCGCCUCCCAAGCCGACGCUCCACAGGAAGGCGAAACAGACCGUCUUUGAUGCCGUGGACGCAGCAACAGACCGUAAAAAUUACGAAGACUCUCGGGGACCGCCUCUAACAACCCUGUCGACCAGCGACGAUGAAUCACUGAGCGACAUCAGCAGCGACGAGUUCGAAGACGUCAAGCAGCCCGCUGCUGAUCCAGCCGAGGAUGAGGACGAAGAGGAUUGGGAAGACGCAAUGGAAUCAAGGGGCGAUCACGACAACCAUGUGCUGGAGAACACUGACGAAGUGCGUGGAGAACCAAUGGACCUUGAACUCACGUUGCCUGACGCAAGCACUACCUAUAUCCCCGAGAUCAAUGUCUCUGGGAGAAAGGGACCGAGCAAGACAGAGCGCGAAAUGCGGAUCCUCAUUCACAAGGUACACGUUGUUUUCCUUCUCUACCACAACUUCCUUCGGAAUUGGUGGAUGAAUGACCAGGCCGUGAGAGAUGCCCUCAUGCGGAACCUCAGCGGAUCCGUGAAGGAGGAGAUCAAUAAUUGGAAACGAUCAAUGGGGAUGGCCGGAGCUGAGGUACAGGGGCAGGCUCCUCAGGAAGUCAACCGUGGCAAAGGAACAUCAGACCGCCGAUCACAGGAUUGGUCGGGGUCUGCAUCUCGAACAGAAGAAGGAAAACCGGACUUAAGUCGCGGAGACCCGACAUCUCGUUUCUUACGAUAUAUUGCUUCCCACUGGCGGAAGAGGUUUCGGAUCACCGCCCCUGGACUGCGGAAACGGGGUUAUCUGUCAGUCAAAGACGUAGAGACCGAAAUCAAAAGCUUCCAACAAAGCCAUGACUUCCACGAUAGGUUUGGGGAACAUAUAGAAAGCCUGGAUGAGUUCAAGGCACAUGCGGAGAGCUUGACCGGCAGUCGGGACCUGGGGACGCAACUAUUCGUUUCUUUGCUGCGCGAACUGGGAUUUGAAGCUCGUUUGUCCUGCAACUUACAGCCGUUGGGCUUUGGAUGGAGUAAAAUUGAGGACGUUGACGCGAAAAAGCUACGAAAAGUGCGCUCAGCUCAGCAGAAGGAGUCGGAAGCUGGAGGGAAGGCGUCCAGAAGCGGCCGAGAACCUGUCCCUGCAGAAGGUUCGGACGAGCUCUCUUUAGGCGAAAAGGAGUUCCCCUAUCGACCAAAGAAGAUCGAUAACGAUCUCACCGCUCCCAAUUACUGGGUAGAGGUCCUGUCGCCCGUUACGAACCGCUACAUCCCGGUAUCCGUUUUUCCGAACAUCCUCGUAGGACAAAGUGAUGAUCUCGAUGCAUUCAUAGCUCGAGGGAAAGCCGCUAAUGAAAGCAAGCAAACGAUUGCUUACGUGGUGGCAUUCUCGACGGAUGGCUCAGCAAAGGACGUCACGGUCCGCUACCUUAAGAAUCGGCGUUUACCGGGCAAGGCGAAAGGAUUUCGAGUUCCUAUCGAGAAAAUCCCGUUGUAUAAUUCUCGAGGGAAAGUUAUCCGAGUACAGGAUUUUGACUGGUUUAGCCACAUUCUCCGGGCUUACGCGAGACCGUCGGCUAUGCGAACAGAUGCCGACGAAUUGGAAGACAAUGAGGAGCUGAAGCCAGUGGAGGACGACGCCAAACAAUUAAAAGCGAAAGAGGAGACUCUUCAGUGGUACAAAACAUCUGCCGAGUUUGUCCUUGAGCGCCAUCUACGGCGGGAAGAAGCAAUCCGCCCAGGGGUGCGUCCAGUCAGACAUUUCAUUCCGAACGUCCGCUCCAAAAAAGGAGAUGAAAAGCCGCCCGUUAAACCGGAACCGGUUUACUUUAGGAAAGAUGUGCUGGCAUGCCGGACAGCAGAGUCCUGGCAUAAAGAAGGAAGGCAAGUGAUCGCAGGAACAGAUCCUUUGAAAAUGGUUCCAACCCGCGCGGUGACCAUCUUGCGGAAACGGGCUCUGGAAGAGAUUCGAGCCCAAACAGGCGAGGCGCCUACGCAAGGUCUCUAUUCGAAGGAUCAGACGGAAUGGAUCAUCCCUGAUCCUAUUGAAGAUGGCAAAAUUCCGCGCAACUCAUUUGGAAACAUCGACGUUUACGUCCCAACAAUGGUGCCCAGAGGUGCAGUGCACUUAAAACUCAGGGGUGCUGCUCGAGUAUGCAAGAAGCUUGGCAUCGAUCACGCUGAAGCUUGUGUUGGGUUUGAAUUUGGAGGAAGAAUUGCCGUUCCCAUUCUUCAUGGCGUCGUUGUCGCGGAAGACAACGUAGGACUGGUCACGGAUGCAUGGCGGCAUGAUAUGAAGGAGAAGGAGCAGAAAGAGAAGGCCAAAAUGAGGAAGAAGCUGCUGACAUUGUGGGCGAAGUUUGCACGAGGAUUGGUGGUUUGGGAGCGGGUUAAGAACACGUACGGGGAAGAAGAU